AUGGCACCCAUCGCUCCACCCGCUCACAUCGUCACCCCUUCCCAACCUAUCGCUCCUCCAUCGGCAUCAGCUUCCGGAGGUUUAUUAACAAGGACCCAGAAGUUUAUUGAGGAGAACCAAAGAUUGAUCUUAUUAGGAUGUGCAGUCUUGGCAGCUUCUGGAGCGGGCUAUUACUUGUACUCUACUAGAUCAUCGGGUGCUGGUCCUUCAGGCGAUGUUGGAUCGAGCUCGAGUUCUGCCCCUGGUACUUCAUCCAGUGCGAAGAAGAACAAGAAAAAGAAGAAGAAGGCUUCAUCUUCGGCUAAAGAUGAAAAGUACGUAAAGGGUGAAGGGGACAAGGGACCUUUAUUGGAAGAGAUUGAACAGCCCAAAGAAAAGAAAGUAGAAAAGGUGGAGACAGAAGUGAAAGAAGAGGGUUUCUUAGCUGACGUUCCAGAUGCUACUACGCUUGAGUCAAUGGAUGAAAGUGCAAGAAAUACCCUCGGAGCUUCACUCAAAGAUAGAGGAAAUAAACUUUAUUCCAAGAAGGAUUUCCAAAAAGCUGUUGAGUGUUACACGAAAGCGAUCGAGGUCUCAAUAAGGAAAGAUGCAGUGUUCUUCUCCAAUCGAGCAGCUUGUUACACCAACUUCUCACCUCCUGAAUAUGCCAAAUGUGUAGCUGAUUGCGAUGAAGCUUUGAAACUUGAUAAGACAUACGUUAAAGCCUUGAAGAGACGAGCUACUGCUUUGGAGAAUUUGGGUAGGGAUGAGGAAGCUGUACGAGAUUUCACCGCUACCACCAUCAUUGAGCGAUUCCAAGACGAACAAGCUGCCAUGUCAGUGGAGAGAUGUUUGAAGAAGUUGGCUCAGAAGAAAGCUAAGGACAUCCUUGAGACUCGAGAACCCAAAUUACCAUCACCAACUUUCAUCUCUGCUUACCUCUCUGCUUUCCGACCUCACCCCAAACCCACUCUCCCUGAAAACCCAUCGCAAGGUGACCAGACCCUCUUACUCGCCUUUGACGCCCUCGAAGCAGCCGACUACUCUCACGCCGUCUCUUUCGUCAACGAAGCUAUCGACCAGGGAAUCUCAUCAAAGGACAACGAAGCUGAGGGAUACAACUUACGAGGUACCUUCAAAUUCUUGAUCGGUGACUCGGAAGGUGCCAGACAAGAUCUGCAGAAAUCGUUGGAUAUCAAACCUGAUUUCGUGCAAAGUUGGGUCAAGAUUGCUAGUGUGCAUAUGGAACUUGGUGACUCGGCUAGUGCUUUCGGUGACUUCGAAGCUGCUAUACGACAUAAUGCAGAUGACCCUGAUAUCUACUAUCACAGAGGUCAAGUCUACUUUAUCAUGCAAGAGUUCGACAAAGCCAUUGCCGAUUACAACAAAUCGACUGCCCUUGACGGAUCAUUCAUCUUCACCCAUAUCCAAGCUGCCGUUGCCCAAUACAAGCAAGGUAAUGUCGGAUCGAGUAUGGCUGCGUUCAGGAGGAUCUUGAAGGAGUUCCCUGAUAAAGGAGAACCAAGCAACUACUAUGGUGAACUCUUACUUGAUCAACAGAAAUUCCAAGAAUCCUUGGAACGAUUUGAUCGAUCAAUUGAACUUGACAAAGAGAGGAAACCACGAAACGUCUUGCCAUUCGUCAACAAAGCUCUUGCUCUAUUCCAAUGGAAGCAAGAUAUCGUAGGAGCCGACGAACUGUGUCAGAAAGCUUUGGAGAUUGACCCCGAAUGCGAUGUCGCUGUGGCUACCUUGGCUCAAUUGAGCUUGCAACAAGGUAAAAUUGAUGAGGCGAUUAAAUGGUUUGAGAAGUCUGCCCAGUUGGCUAGGACCGAGGGUGAACUGGUUAAUGCUAUCACUUAUGAACAUGCCAGUAAAGCUCAAGUACAGUUCUUGAAGAAUUAUCCAGAGUUCGCCGAAAGACUUAGUCAAAUGGCUCAAGGGAUGUAA